AUGAUGUAACUAAAAUUUGCAUUACUAUAGAAAAAAUAAUUUAGUUUAGAAUAUUUGAAAGUUAAGAAGAGAUUAAAUUUGAAGAAAUUCAUAAAGAAAAAAUUAAGUAAAUUUGUUUAUCAACUGAAGAAUAAUAUCUUGUCUCUUGUAGCAUUGAUAAUAAUAUUAUUAUUUGGAAUGUUAAAAAUAGAUAAGCAAUUUACUUUAUAAAAGAUUAAAUUUGCGUUGAUUUAUUAUUUGAAUCAUAUAUAGUAUUCAUACUUUAAACUUAAAAGUCGAUAAUUUUUUAUGAAAUCAAUAUAGAUUGUAAUACUUUAAAAAUUAUUAAAUAUUUUGAAUUAGAAUAAAGUAUUGAUAAUUAAAAUUUACAAUAUACAAUGAGUUUAUUAGGCAAGAAUAGAUUUUAAUAUUUGGUAAUAAAGAGUAGAUAGAAUAUGGUAAUGAAACACCUUAUUUAUAGAGGUUAAAUUAAAGUUUAUAAUUAAUUUGAACUUUCUUCUGAUGAGAUAAUUUUAUUAACGAAGAUUUUUUGA